AUGCGUCCACUUGCCGCAUUUCGACCAUAUCUGGAAGAUGUGCAUUCCAUAAUUGUUUUGGAUGUGGCAUCAGCAGUCACGGAUUACAUUCGAACACGGCGUGAUGCUACUGCUGCCGCAAGUGCAGCAAGUAUAGGUGCCAUCAGCUUGGGCGGGCCUGGUUUCGGUGCAGUUAGCAGUGGUAGUGGAAAUGAUUUGUUCGAAACUGUUAGCUGGAUGAAAGAUCGUGUCUCGGAGACGGUUAAUCGGUUCAGGCAGGGCUCAGCUGAGUAUACUUCUUCGCUAAACAGCUACGUGAUAACGGUUGGAAACGGGUAUAGGUGUUUGAUCGAUCGUUUCACUGAUCGAAAACAUCAAGGGUCAUUGACACGCCGCCAGGAAUCUCACUGUGCAAUUAUUUGGCGUACAGAUGAAUGGGUAUUUUAGUG